AUGUGUCUCGGCGGCCACCUCGCCCUCCGCGCCAGCCUCGACGCCCGCAUCUCCGCAACAGUCUGCUACUUCGCGACAGACGUGCACUCGCGCACGCUAGGCCCCUACACCGCGGCCGACACCUCCGCGGCCGGGCCCUCCGGCUCCAAGCACACGAUCGACCACCUGGGCGCGCUCAGGGGCGAGGUGGCCAUGAUCUUCGGCAUCAAGGACACGCACGUGCCCGACGCCGGCCGCGACCUGAUCCGCGCCAAGAUGCGCGCCGCCGGCGUCGUCUUCAGCUGGCACGAGUUCGCGUGGGCGCAGCACGCCUUCAUCCGCGACGAGCUGAGCAAGGGCCGCUACGACCCGGCCAUCACAAAGGCGUGCUUCGAGGUUCUGCUCGAGCUGUUUGGCCGCACGCUCAAGGUCGACCUGGGCGCGCGGGAGGGCUUGCCGCCCGUGGAGCACGUCUGCUGA